CAAUCGAAACCACCGGCUCCAAUCCGGAUCGCGGGCGGCGGGAGAAGGAAGAAGAUGCUUUUCUUAAAAAAAUAACGCGAAAACUAGCCCACUAGGCAAUAGCAGCCUAGGUGUUGACUUGCCUCAACUCUUCGCUGUUUCUUCUCACGUUCUACCUCUCUGGAAUUUUCUCUUUCCUUUCUUCUUAUUGCUUUUAUCAUUAUCCGACGAGUGCUUCUCUCAAUCCCUGCAAAAUCACAGCUUCAAUCUUCCUUUGCUGCCAACUUCACUAUUUCACCUUUGAUGCAAUAUUUCAACUCUUACGAUUCUUUAUUUUGUUAGAAAAUUUUCACAUUUGGUCAAUUUGCCAGAGUUUACAGUCUCAUUGCUUGUUUGGUUGCCAAGAAACCCGAAGGAAUUCAAGCAGAAUAAAGUAUUUUUUGUUUUUGAGCGCGAUUGUGUAUAAAAUGGCUUCCUCUUCUUCUACAAAUCUUGAAUGGAAAUACGAUGUGUUCAUUAGUUUCAGGGGAAAAGAUACCCGUAAUAAUUUUACCGAUUAUCUUUAUAAGGCAUUGUCUCAGAAAGGAAUUGAGACUUUCAUAGAUAAUAAGCUUAAUAGAGGAGAGGAGAUCACUCCAGAGCUAUUGAGAACAAUUGAAGAAUCGAUGGUUGCUGUAAUUGUUUUCUCACAGAAUUACGCGGAUUCACCAUGGUGCUUGGAGGAGCUCGUGCAUAUCAUGGAAUGCAAGAAGGCUCAUGGGCAGAAUGUUUUACCGGUUUUUUACGGCGUUGAUCCUUCCAAUGUGGAGGAACAAACUGGGGAAUUUGGGAAAGGAUAUGCUAGAGCUAAAGAACAAGCACAAAAUAAUGGAGACAUGCGGAUUGUGAAGAAGUGGAGAGCUGCUUUGAAGGGCGCAGCCAAUCUAUCAGGACUGGAUUCAGCUGUUGUCAGACCUGACUGCACCCUUAUCAAUGAAAUUGUAAAACAUGUACUGAAGAAGUUGAAUCAGACAUCAUCAAGUGACACUGAGGGACUGAUUGGAAUAGAAUCUUCCUUGGAGAAAGUGGAAAAAUUAUUAAACAUUGAAUUUCCUGAUGUUCGUAUGAUAGGAAUUUGGGGCAUGGGUGGUAUAGGCAAAACAACCAUCGCUGGUGUUAUCUUUAACCGCAUAUCUCCUCUAUUUGAUAGUUGCUGCUUCCUUGCAAAUGUUAGGGAAGAAUCAGAGAAAAUGGGACUCCCACGUUUACAACAAGAACUUUUCUCAAUAUUGUUAGAGGAUGACAAUCUAAACAUGCAUAUGCUUAGCACAGAACCUGCUUCUGUAAAAACCAGGCUCCACAGAAAGAAGGUCUUUAUUGUUCUUGAUGAUGUGAAUAGUUCAAGACAGCUAGAACUUUUAGCAGGGAUCAAUUGGUUUGGUCGUGGGAGUAGAAUCAUUGUAACAACUAGAGAAAGACAAUUGCUAGUUAGCCAUGGAGUGGAAUUUAUAUAUGAGGUUAGGGAUCUAAAUGAGGACCAUGCACUUGAGCUCUUUAGUCGGUAUGCUUUUAGGCAGAAACAUCGAACAGAAGAAUUUACAGAGCUUUCAAUGCGUGCCAUUGAUUAUUGCAAGGGGCUACCAUUAGCACUUAAAGUUUUGGGUUCUUCACUAUAUGGUAGAAGUGAGAGAGAAUGGAAUGCUUCCUUAAGUAGACUGGAGAAACAUUUCAACAAAGAUAUUCAGCAAGCCCUCAGAAUAAGCUAUGAUCAACUUGAUGACUUAAACAAGUCUUUAUUUCUUGAUAUUGCAUGUUAUUUCAGGGGCCAAGACAAAGAUUAUGUAGCAAAUAUUCUAACAAGUUUUGGCUUCCAUCCUGAAAGUGGAAUAGGAGAACUUGUUGAUCAUUCUCUAGUAACUGUAUUUGACAACACAUUAUCAAUGCAUGAUUUACUGCAAGACAUGGGCCGGGAGAUUGUGCGCCAACAAUCCCUUAAAGAUCCUGGCAAACGCACCCGGCUCUGGGACCAUGAGGAUGUCGUUCAAGUGUUGAUGCAAGAGUCGGGGACAAAACAUGUUGAAUGCAUAGUCAUAGACUUGUCUAAAACAGAUGAGAGGCAUUUCACUGCUGAGGCAUUUAUGAAGAUGAAAAAUCUAAGAUUGAUUGAUGUCCAUGGGGCCUAUGGAGAUCGCAAGGUGCACCUUUCUGGGAACUUCAAUUUUUUAUAUUAUGAACUAAAAUGCCUCUGUUGGGAAGGGUACCCCCUUAAAUAUUUGCCAACAAACUUCAAUCCGAAGAAGAUCAUUAUGAUUGAAAUGCCUCGGAGCUCCAUUAAACAACUCUGGAAAGGAAUCCUGCACCUCAACAAGUUGCAAAUUAUAAAUCUGAGUCAUUCCCAAUUCCUAACUGAGACCCCAGACUUCACUGGAGUCCCAAAUCUUGAGACUUUGAUUCUUGAAGGUUGUACAAGCCUCUCUAAGGUUCACCCAUCAGUUGGAGUACUCAAGAAGCUUGCUUUGUUGAAUUUGAAGGACUGCUGCUGCCUUCGCAGCCUUCCAACAGGAAUUGAAUUAGAAAGUCUCAAUACUCUUAUUCUUUCUGGCUGCUCUAAACUUGGAAGUUUUCCAGAUAUUCUGGGAAAUAUGGAACACUUGUCAAAAGUUGCGUUGGAUGGGACUGCCAUAUCUGAACUGCCUCUCUCAAUAAAAAAUCUUACUGGGCUAGUUUUCUUGAGUAUGAGAAAUUGUAAGAACCUUGGGAGUCUUCCAAGCAACAUUAAAUUUUUGAAAUCUCUGAAAAAUCUUGAUCUAUUUGGCUGCUCAAAUCUUGAUAGUUUACCUGAAAGCUUGGGGUUCCUAAAACGCUUGGAGAAGCUGGAUGUAGGAGAAACUGCUGUUAAAGAACCACCAUCCUCCAUUGGACUAUUGGGAAAUCUGAAAGUGUUAUCUUUUUGUGGAAUUAAACCUAUACCAGUUCAUUGGUAUGACAAGUGGUUGUCUAUAUUUGGAAAAACACAUGAUUGUGUGGGUUUAUCAUUACCUUCUUUAAAAGGUUUACAUUCUCUAACAGAACUAGACCUCAGCGACUGCAACCUUUCAGAGGAAAUGUUCCCUGGAGACUUUCACUAUCUAUCCUCACUGGUGGUAUUAAAUCUAAGCAGAAAUAAUUUUGUAAAUACACCUGCGAGCAUCAGCCAACUUCCUCAGCUGCGAUAUCUCUAUUUGGAUGAGUGCAAGAAUCUUAAAGCUUUGCGAAAGCUUCCAGCAACCUUACAUGAAAUAUAUGCAAAUAGUUGCAUCUCCCUAGAAUCACUAUCAAGUCCAGAUGCAAUUGCAGGUAAAUGGAUGUGGCCAAUUUUCUACUUCACUAAUUGUUCGAAGCUUGCUGUGGAUCAAGGUGGUGAUAGUAUGGCAUUUAAAUUUUUAAGAAGCCAUUUGCAGUCUUUAUCAAUGAAUCAGCUUCAGGAUGUCUCAUUUAGGGGUUGUAGAUUUGAUGUUAUUGUUCCUGGAAUUGAAAUUCCAAAUUGGUUCAUCCAACAAAAUAUGGGCCCAUCAGUUGUCAUAAAGUUAACUCCAAAUUGGUACAAUGACAAGUUCAAGGGACUGGCUGUCUGUCCCGUUUUUGCAAUCCGUGGUAAUCCAGAUUUGCUUACUGAUGGUCCAGCUUCAGAUAUAGCCAUCUAUUGCAGGUUGGAAGCUGUUGAAUAUACUGUGGUCUCUAGCUUUAAAUUUCUCAUCUAUAGAGUCCCAUCUCUUCAGUCUGAUCACCUUUGGAUGGGCUUUCAUUCCCGAGUAGAAUUUGAUAAAUCAAAUACGUUGAAGAAGUGUCGCUAUCUUAGAGCUUCAUUUGAAUCAUCUGUCCCGGGCAUGGAAGUGAAAAAAUGUGGAAUCCGUUUGGUUUAUGAUCAAGAUGAAAACGAGUACAAUCUCAUGGCUGAGGAAUCCAGCCUUCCUUGUGACAGUUUAGGUCUUGUCAAUCAAGUUAUUGAUGAGCCCAUGGUGGUAGAUGAAUGGUGCAAGUUGAAGAGACACCAUCAUGACCAUAAUAAAGCUGGACCCAGUAAAAGCGAAAGUUCUGAUUUGGAAGAGGAGCCAUUCCCUAAACGUUUGAAAAAUUUGUAGACAAAUUCAGGGUUUCUACCUAAAUGCAACUUAAUGGAGUGUCAUAAAUGUUGGAGAAGAAUCAAGUGACAUAUUUAGAGCUUCCUUUUGUAUGCAAGGUUUGUUUUGAGAUGCCAGAUUUUGGUAAUAUUUUUAUAAUUGAAUUACUUCUAUAAGGCUGAAAAUGUUAGCUAUUAGGGCCUCAAAUAUCCAUACAAAUUUUCAAGAUCCUGUUGCAACUUGCAAAGGCUGCAAUGAAUGUCACUUGCUGAUUUCCUCUAAUAGAUGAGAAACAUCCAAAUCGAUUUGGGCAUGAACUAAACCUUUUGUAUGCAAGGUUUGUUUUGAGAUGCCAGAUUUUGGUAAUAUUUUUAUAAUUGAAUUACUUCUAUAAGGCUGAAAAUGUUAGCUAUUAGGGCCUCAAAUAUCCAUACAAAUUUUCAAGAUCCUGUUGCAACUUGCAAAGGCUGCAAUGAAUGUCACUUGCUGAUUUCCUCUAAUAGAUGAGAAACAUCCAAAUCGAUUUGGGCAUGAACUAAAAUGUUUAGCUGUAUUAAGCUUUUAGAUUUUUCUUGGAAUGUACAAGCUACAGUAAUUGUGGAUCUCAAAAUCAGGAAUUUCUAAUUAAGUGUAUACUUUUGCUUUCUUGAUUAUGUUUUUUAGAUUAAAUUUUGUGUGCUUAUGUGCAUUUUUUUCUAGUUGAGUAAAUGUUGUAGUAUUGUUGGCAUGCAGAACUUUGGACCUUCUGAUGAUGAAACAGAUGAGG